AGUUUCAUUUUCUGAUAAGUCUCGUGAUGCUUAGGAAGGCAGGGUUGAACCGGGUGGAUUCGCUGUCUGUACAUCGGCGUCCUCUUAUCAGGGGUGCGCGCCCAAGCUUGGGGCGCGGGCCGCCCACCCGAGAGCUUCAGUCCGGAGGAACCUUCGCUUUUCGGAACAGCAUCAGAAACGCUAAGGCACUUGCUCCCCAAGCAUGCCCCAGCGAGUUAGGAGCCUAGAACCUGGUUUUCGAUCGGGAAAACUGAAGCCCAGAAAAAUUAAUGAGAGUAAGGACAGAGAUUGAAUGGUACUGGGCAGAAUCAGAACUUGGGUUCACAAUCACAGCCCGGAAAUACGCUGUAGGGCUUCGGGAUUCUUUGGGCAAGAAAAGUCGUCCAGAAACCUCGAGGCCUCAUGAGGACAGCUCAGAGAACCGUCCAGAGUGAAGGAGGACCUUCUUGCUUCCUGAGUCCCUUCAGGGAAAACCCUGUGUGGAGAAAGUCUGGCCUGUAUCUUGCCUCUGUAGUUUAGGACUGAAAAUUUUCAAAAUAAAACACUAGGAGGAAGAGGAUACUGAGGACACAGAGGCCCACAAGUGUUCAGAAAGUGAUUGCAGCCCAACCUGGAUCUCUCCCGUUCUCUGACUAUGCUCCCAGCUCUGAGGACAAUUGACACCGCUAUCUGGAGGUUCUCAGACAACUUGGAUGAGUCCACCUCUUCCAACAGGAUGGGUGACAAGAGCCAGCCUGCUCCUGAGCUAGCCUCAGCUCUUCUGUACAGUGACUUUCACCUCAGUGGAGAUCAACUACCACGUUUCAGAUAAAGCAGGAAAAGAUAUUGAUUUUCAUCUUGCCUCUCCAGGAAUGAAAACCUCAGUUUAUGAACAGAGAAAAUCAGGUUUACCUUCCAGAGGCUGACAGUGCUCUCUCGCCAGAGGAAACAGCCAUGGAGCAAGUCUGCCACCCCGAAGAGAUGAAAUGCCUUCAAGGCACACACUUAAACCAAAGCCCAGGCAAGUCCUGUGACCCCUUGGCUCUUAAGGAAGUGCUGGUGUGUGCCUCCCAGUUGGAGGAAGAGGAACAAAAUGAAGAAGAGAGGGAGGAGGAGCUGGACCCAGAUUUAGCCCCUGACCUGGAGGGGGAGGAAGAGGAGGAGGAAGAGAAUGAUCUCGGGGAUCCAGCUGUCCUCAGCGCUGUCUGUAACAUCCCGAAAGGUCUUCUCAGCUCCCCUGGAAUCAAGGCCCCUGGUGUGCUGGGGAUGUCGCCUGCUUCCUUGCACUUUCUGUGGCAGACCCUGGACUACCUGGCACCACUUCCUUUCCGGCCUGCCUUUCCCAGCACCAGCGCUGCAGCCCCGCACUUCGGACCUCGACUGCCCUCGCCAGACCCAUCUGUCCUCUGUAGCCCGUCGACCUCGUGGCCCCUUAGGCUCAGUCAUCUGACCCAGCUCCACCCUCAGCACCAGCGGAUCCUGAAGCAGCAGCAGCAGCAGGGUCGACCACCAAGUCCCCCAGCCAAGAAGCCUUGGUCUCAGCAGCCAGACCCCUAUGCUAACCUCAUGACCCGAAAAGAGAAGGAAUGGGUGGUAAAAGUGCAGAUGGUUCAGCUGCAGAGUGAGAACCCCCGCCUGGAUGACUAUUACUACCAGGAAUAUUAUCAGAAACUAGAGAAGAAGCAGGCAGAUGAAGAGCUGCUUGGGCGAAGGAGCAGGUUUGAGUCUUUCAAGCUGGUCACACCUUACAUUCAGAAGGCGGAGGCUUAUGAGUCAGUGGUUCGAAUCGAGGGUUCCCUGGGCCAGGUAGCUGUAUCAACGUGUUUUAGCCCUCGCCGAGCUAUUGAUGCUGUGCCCCAUGGAACUCAAGAGCAGGAGACAGGAGCUGCAAGCAGUCAGAGGCUUCAGGUGUUGUACCAGAUUGAGAAGCUGUUCCUUCAGUUACUAGAGAUAGAGGAGGGCCAGAAGGAUGGGCCCGCACAGCCCUGUGAGCAGCAGAGCAACCAGCUUGAGAAGCUCUUCCAGGCCUUAAAGACCCAGGAACAGAAUAAUCUGGAGGAGGCAGCGGAUGGCUUCCUGCAGGUGCUCUCCGUGAGGAAGGGAAAAGCCCUAGUGGCCCGGCUGCUCCCCUUUCUGCCCCGAGAUCGAACUGUCAGCCUUCUUCUGGCCAUCACCCGCCAUCUGCCCCUCCUUGUCAAGAGGGAUGUGGCUGAUCAGGCCCUGCAAAUGUUAUUCGAACCUCUGGGCAAAUGUAUCAGCCGCUUGACCUUCCAUGAACUCCUCCAAGGACUUCAGGGACUCAUGCUGCAACCACCUGGCUCCUCAGAGCGGCCAGUCACUGUGGUGCUGCAGAAUCAGUUUGGAAUAUCUUUGCUCUAUGCCCUGCUAAGUCAUGGGGAACAGCUGAUAUCCCUGGAUUCUUCCCUAGAGGAACCCAGCAGUGACCACACAGCUUGGACAGACAUGGUAGUUCUCACUGCCUGGGAGAUAGCUCAGAUGCCCACAGCCUCUCUGGCAGAACCCCUGGCCUUCCCCAGCAACCUUCUUCCUCUGUUCUGUCACCAUGUGGACAAACAAUUGGUACAGCAGCUGGAGACUAGGAUGGAGUUUGCCUUGAUCUACUGAUCAGGUUGUUCCGGAAUACGUAUGUGGGAAGAGUUUAAUGAUCAGACAUUAGUUGUGUAUGGGUUUUGCCUAAAGCGAUCCAGAAAGUCUGAAGACAGUUGUAUGCCUUGAUAUAUUGGUGAACCCUGCCCAAAACCUUUUCUUAUGCUUCAAAAACUAUGAACUAUGUGCCUAAAAAGGCAUGGCAAAAUGAGGUAUAAUUAAAAAGAUAAUAGAAUGAAGCGUGGCAGUUUGUUUGUAAGUUAAGAAAACGGCUUUCAUUAUAUCUCCUAUGUGUGAAGCUUCAAGUGUCCUUAAUGUAAGGGACAAGUCCUUGUUAUGUCUAACAAUAGACCUUGGAAACUGUUCCACUGUUGCCAUUUUUUAUAAGUAGCCCUAGCUGAGCUAAGAGUGUUUUAUAUAAAUAUCUCCUUUGAGAUAUGGGAUGUUUGGUUUACUUUGAGAAACAAGGUCAUGCACUCAUCAAAAAACACAAGAGUCCCUUUUAUGAACCAGGUACCAUUUUAGGUGGUUGAGAAACAGUGGUGACCAAGGAAAAGCCCCUGCUCUUCUGAAGCUUACAUUCUGAUUGGACAGGGACUGACAGAAGACAUCAAAUAGUGAUAAAUACCACGGUGAAAACAAAAUUGGGGGAUGAGUGACUGGAGUGGAAUGGAAGGCCUGUCAGUAGAGGUUACAAUUAAGCUGGAAUCAAUGACAAGUAUUCCAUGCAGAGGCACUAGUGAGCACAAAGCCCCCAGAGUGGGAAUGAACUUGGUGUGUUUCAGGAAAAGAAAGGAGGACAGUGUGGCUGAAGUACACAGGUAAGGGGGGGAGGGUGAUAAGGUAGGAGAGAGGUAAGCAGAGUACACAUCUGUAAGCCAUGGUUAUUUUUUAAAGUCUGGAUUUUUAACAGCUGGGAAGUCAGAAUUUUAAACAGGGAAGUGACAUAACGUGAUUUUGUUUUGAGAAGAUCACUCUGACUGCUGAUUGUUAGGGGAACAGGAUAGAAAGCAGAGAAAAAAAUGUUCAGAAGUUCUUUCUCCAAAGAAUGGAAGAGCUUUAGGGACAGAAAGAGAAGAAGUUUGGAAAAGGUUUUGGACGUAAGAGUUGACAGACAUUGCUGGUGGGCUGGAUAAGGGUGGUGGUGAAGAAUCCGGGAUGACUCCCAGGCAGAGUGAAUGGUGGGUGCCCUAGACUAACGUGGGGAACACAUGAGGAAAAAUGCAUUGCGAAGGGUUAUAAUCAACAUUUUAUACGCUUUAAUAUGUCCUGUUAGAAAUCCAAGUAGAUAUAUCAAGUAGGUGAAGAGCAGUCUGGAGGUGAAGGAAAAGGUCAGGGAUAAAGACACAAAAGUGGGAGUAUCAGCACACAGAUGUAUUACAAGUUAGGAGUGAGGAAGAGAUGAUGUAGGAAGAAAAGCCAACAGGGGACUGAGGAGGAGUUAUCUGAAAAAAAUAGGUUGAAAAUUACGGAAGUGGUGCUACCAAAGUUGAAAAGAAAGUACUUUAAGAAAGGAGUGUGUGGGCUUCCCUGGUGGCACAGUAGUUAAGAAUCCACCUGCCAAGGUAGGGGACACGGGUUCGAGCUCUGGUCCAGGAAGAUCCCACACGCAGCAGAGCAGCUAAGCCCAUGGGCCACAACUACUGAGCCUGUGUUCUAGAGCCUGCAAGCCACAGCUACUGAGCCCGCGUGCCACAACUACUGAAGCCCGUACGCCUAGAGCCAGUGCUCCGCAGCAAGAGAAGCCACUGCAGUGAGAAGACCCGGCUCACCGCAACUAAAGAAAGCCCACGCACAGUAACAAAGACCCAUGCAGCCAAAAGUUAAAUUUAUUUUUUUAAAAGAGUGUGGAAUGAGGAGAUGUGACAGAGGAGGGAGGCACUGACUACAGAAAGAGUCAAUUUGGAAUCUUCUGAAAGGGUAGCAGAGCAAUUGGACAGUAGGUAGUAGUCUAUGUAGGUUAAGGAACGAUUUUCUUUUAAAGAGUGAUAUUUCAGCAUGCUUGCAUGAUAAUGAAAGCACUGCCAUUAAG